AGAACCACAAUCGAUCAUUUAAUGCAAACAAGUUCAAAUUGUUGUUAACAAAGACUUCGCAACAUGGUUGAUGCAGUGAUCGCCAAGAGUCCGUUUAAGAUCCACACAAUGGAGAUGAACGUUGGUGGAGAUCCUCUGCGGAUUGUUGUCUCUGGUUAUCCUGAAAUGAAGGGUGACACCCUCCUGGAGAGGUAUCGCUUCACUCGGGAUCACUUGGAUCACAUCCGAAGGGCCAUCAUCCUUGAGCCAAGGGGUCACUACGACAUGUGGGGAGCCAUCCCCAUCAAGCCAGACAACCCUGAGGCACACAUUGGAGCGUGCUACCUUAACGCAGAAGGGUACAAUUUCAUGUGCGGUCACGCCACCAUUGGUCUUGCCAGAUAUACCGUCGAUUCUGGCUUGGUCGAAAAGACGUCCCCUGAGACACAGCUGAACAUCCAACUGCCUUGCGGUCUACUGAAAGCUUAUGUGGAAUACAACGAAGAGACGAAAACAACGGGCAGAACAAGAUUCACCAGCGUUCCCGCCUUUUUGUGGGAAAAGGAUGCUGAGAUAGAGGUUCCUGGGUUCGGAAAGGUCAAAGUAGACGUCAGCUUUGGUGGUGUCUUCUAUGUUCUUGUCUCCACCAGCCAGCUUGGAUUGGACAUUGUUAAGUCGCCUCUUAGAGACCUCAAGGAUGCCGGGAUAGCUAUCACCAAGGCAACAAAUGAUGCGAUUUCAGUACAGCACCCAGAGAACCCGGAUAUAAACUGCAUCGUCGGGACUAUUUUAACGGACGGCAAAGAAACACCCGAUACGGACACCACUUACAACUUGCUGGUUUACGGUGAUCAGGGCAUGAUUGCUCGAGCCCCAUGUGGAUCUGGGACGGUGUCUCGAGUCGCCAUGCAAUACCAGAAAGGAUUGACUGAUCUCAAUCAACCAAGGUACUACAAGAGCCGCUGGGGAUCCUCCUUCAUCGCCAAGGCCGUGGAGACAACCAAAGUGGGAGAUAGAGAUGCCGUCCGAAUCGAGGUUUCUGGAAGAGGUCAUUACAUUGGACAAAAUACGUUCUUCUUUGAAGAGAACGACGAGAUGGGCAAAGGUUUCAUGGUUGAUUGAAGUCCACUGAAGUAUUAGGGAUUUUCACAACACUACAUAAACGAUUUCUGGAACGUAGAGAAGCUAUUGCCAAAAGCCCUUCGUGGCAAAGCAGCCCUUGUCGAAAAUCGGUGAAUGCAGUGUCGUCCUGGACUCUGGACAAACGACUUAUUUGCACGUUUUUGUCAGAUCCUUAAUCUUAGAAUGGUCAGCUAUCCUGGUUCACCAAUUAACGGUCAUUUUCAAUAGAUUUUCACUGUUCCAGAAAGCGUCUUCUUAGUGGUUGCAAAAAACUUGCUAUUGCCUAUUUACAUACCCAAACUACCGAAUUAUUUUUUUUUAUGUGCAAUGGUUGUCAAUUUAAUGAAAGUCACGAACAGAUAAUGUCUUGAAAGAUUUAUUUUCUUCCCCCAAAUGUUAACAUUAACGUGAUCUGUGCAGUAGUAAUAUACGUUGUGCUUGGAUGAUCGGGAGGUAUCACUGAUUUGAUUUGAAAUUCGAUUUGUUUCAAAGUAUAGACCUGUCUAGGAUUGAAGUGAAUUAAUCCGGUGUCUUUAAUACAAGAGUUGCAGUCCAAUUUAACUGUGAAGUACCUUUUUUCUGAUAUCCAAUCAACAUGGUUCUUCUUGAUAUAUUCUUAUGUUAAUCCAAUUGAAAAUAUAUAACAAUAAUAAUAAUAGUGGAUAUUUAGAGGCGCUAAAAACAUAUUGCAAUAUAUAUUGCCAUGAAACAUAUUCUGUGUAUUAUUUCCAGAUAUAAAAUGAAUAUGAUGUGCAUGUAAUAUUGAAUUUGAUAUACUACUGAUAUAAUUUAGGUCACUUAUAUCCAAACUAAGAUGUGAAGGUCCUAAAGAUCCCUGAAUCACAUCAUUAUUAAUGAUGGCUUGUAGCGAAAGGAGUUCGCCAUCCGUCGUCCAAACUAUCGUGUUUAUAUCUGUUGCUUAUAAUCAUGCAAAAAAAAUCAACUGGCUUCCUUUAAAAUGGGAAUUGUUUUUCAUUGUAUUGUAUUUUAUUUGUUUUGAUGAUAAAUAUAACCAUCCAUGUUGCAGAACUGUA